CUCUGUUUUGACAGCCGGGUUUGUUGACGUUGCGUUUUGUGAAGAUCCACCCCGCACCCGGAAUGGACUACGAAAGUGAAAAACUACUGAAAUUCAUCUUUCCAAAGGAUUACGAAGAGCUAACAAAUCAUGAGGAUCCCACGGCGACGACGGAAGUGCUGGAAUAUCUGCUGAAGCUCGGCACGUACAAGGCCGAGGAGCUGAAGAAGGAACGGGUGCGGCUGCAGGACGAACACCGGCAAAAUGUGGAGCAAACGCAGGAGCUGGCCAUCGCACACUAUCCUACCUUCAUCCGGACGGCCGAAAGUUCGCGUGAAAUCUACCGACAGUUCACGGGCACCGAGCGGAAGCUCGAUUGCUUGGACGAAAAGUGGCCCCGCUUCAUCACCGCAUGCCAAACGUUUCUGCAGGGUUCGGGGGAAAUCAAUACCGCACGACGGUUGAACUCGCUCACGUUGCACCGUAACGCGGAGCUGCUGGAGAUACUGGAGCUUCCUCAGCUGAUGGAUAGCUGUAUCCGGGAGGGCAAGUACGAGGAGGCGCUCGAACUGUCGGCGUACGUGCAGCGGUUGGCUUCGAAGCACGGCAACAUUCCUGUGAUUGCGAGUAUCAGCGAAGCGGUGGAGGGAGCCUGGCAUACCAUGCUGAUGCAGCUGCUGGGGCAACUGCGCACCGAUCUGCAGCUACCAAAGUGCCUCCAGGUGGUGGGCUAUCUGCGCCGGAUGCAAGCUUUUUCACCCGCUGAACUAAAGCUCAAGUUUCUCCAGAUACGGACGGGCUGGUUACGGGAGCUGCUCGUUGCCAUCCCGACGGACGACGCACAGCAGCAUCUGACGAAAACGAUCGAAGUAACGCGCGUCCAGCUGUUCAACAUCAUCACACAGUAUCGUGCAAUCUUCCCGGACGAUGACAUCGGUGGGGAACCGGCACCGAUACCGUUGACCACGUCGACGUUGAGUCACGACAUUCUGGACCUUCGCGGAGGUCCGAUGGUGUGUGACGAGCGAAAGGUAUUCCACAGUUGGUUGCUCGAUCAGAUCGGUGAGUUUGUGAAAACGCUCGAACAGGAUCUGACAUCCGGGGACAUUGGCACGUUCGACACCAUCCUCGGUCAGUGUAUGUACUUUGGUCUAUCGUUCAGCCGCGUCGGCAUCGACUUCCGGGCCCUGGUGGCACCCGUGUUCGUGCGGGUGAUUGGUAGUCGCUUUCGAUCGUCCGUUACACGCAUUACGGGUCAAUUUGCGGCCGACAUUGAACGGUACACGCUGAUCAACCGGGUACCGAGUAUGAUCCGCCGGUCGGCCACCACGCUCCCGGUCGAUGAGGCAUCCGGUGUUCAUCCGCCGGAGACACUGCUCGACUUUGAACCGCUCGCCGUCUACUGUAACGCGCUGCUGGUGGUUUUCAAUGAAUUGCGGCUUUGCUCCCCGCUGGCACUGGCCACAACGGUAUCGAGCGCCCUGGAAGACUCGCUGGAACGUGUCGCACGCUCCAUUCUCGAUCUGUACCGCCAGGAGCAGCAAGCGUUCUCACCGACCGAGCGUGAAUGCUUCGUGCGGUUGUGUACCUGCUUCGCGUACGAUCUCGUACCGUAUCUGCAGCGCUGCAUUCACGUCAUCUUCCCACCGGCCCUACUGGCCAGCCAGCUCGGUAUCAAUGUGCUAACGUUGCAAAAGCAUGGACUGUCGUAUCUGGCACAAACACGCAUUCUACAACCGAUCGCCUAUCUUUUACCCGAUCGGAUCGAUACCACCAGCAAGCAGCAGCAGCAGCAACCGCGGACGUCGGAUGAUGCGGCGACGAAAGAGAUCGAUGAUUUGACGACCGAAGUGACGGAUAAACUGGAGACUCUGCAGGUGGCUGAGCAGGCUGUGGAUGAUGCAUCGAUGGAAAAGGAGGCCGGUGAACAGGUCGAGGCAUCCUAGGCGAACUACGGACACGAUGUGGUGAUAGGGGUGAGUGCAACGACCUUAGCUUUCCAUUCAGUAAUGUUUGUUGUUGCGUGUAUAAGGUAAAAUUAAAGUAAAAAGUACAGAAAGCGUUGAGCUUUAUAAAAUAAUUAA